AUGACUGCCAAACCUUGCAAGUACCAGGACAUUGGAAAGCGAUCCCAGGACUUGUUUGUCAAGAAUUUCACUCUCGGUGCAGUGAAGUUCAAUCUAAAGUCGCAAAGCCAAGCUGGCUCCGGCUUCAUCAUCGAGGCCUUCAAUGAAAUCGAGAGCGGCAAGGUGAUGGGCAGCGGCGAGUUCAAGAACGCCUUUCCGGGGACGAACAUGAACAUGUCCAGCAAGUGGUUCUCCGACAACACCAUCUCCACGGAGGUGACCAUCAACGACAAGCUCUUUCCGGGCAGUCGACUGGGCCUGCUGGGCAAGUUCGACCCGAAGGGCGGCAACAUGGCGGGCGGCGUGCAGGCGGAGUACAAGAACGAGUUCAUGCUGGGCGUCGUAGAGGCCUCGUUGACCGGCGACGGCAAGCCCAUGCUCAGUCCGUCUUUUGUCUUCACUUCUGACGGGUGGCUGGCGGGCAUGCACUGCUACGUGGACCCGAACAGCCGAAAGGUGGACCAGCCGCAGUUCACCGCCGGCUACGAGACGGGCAACUACUCCGCCUUUGGGCUGCUCAACCAGAGGAACGAGCUGAUGGGCUCGCUCUACCAGAAGGUGAGCAGCACCCUGGAGACGGGCAUUCUGGUGAAGUUCCCCUACGGGAAGGCCAAGGAGACCACUUUCCAGUACGCGCUCAACUGGGCACUGGACGGCAGCCACCGCCUGCAGAUGAAGAUCAACACCCGCGGGCAGAUAUCGGCGGCCGUCUCCAAGAACUUCGGCAGCGGCAUCAGCAUCAGCCUCUGCGGCCACCUCGAGGGCAAGAACAUCAAGGCGGGCGCUCACAAGAUCGGCAUGGGCAUCGAGAUGGAGCUGUAG